UAUACUUGACAGGUGAAGACUUACCAACAAUCCAAAGCAAUGGCCGAACACAGAUGGAUGCAUUAUAGCCACGGGAGUGUGCCACAAAACGCUGUGGUUGCUGGACAUGAUUCAGACGGCGAUACCAUUUAUAUUGGACGAGCAUUCUUUAGCAAUGAUAUGCUCCCAGCCAAGGUGAUUCCCAAUAAGGGUAAGGCCUAUGUGGCCUAUGCCCGGCAGGAGCAUGAACUGGAGAACUACGAAGUAUUGAGUGGCUAUAACUAUGAGUGGCUGCCAGCGGAGAAUGGAGCUGUGCCGCCUGGUGCCGUCAAAGUUGGCCAGAAUGUGGAUGGUGAAUGGUUGUAUGCUGGUCGUGGCUAUCACGCUGGCAGCCUAACAGUCGGAAAAGUUCAUCCCUCUCAUGGUUGUCUCUAUAUACCAUACGAUUCCGAUGAGGUGAAAAUAUUUGCCUAUGAAGUCCUCUCCCAGCCCGAACGCUGGGUCGACACAACGGCCUCCGAUGUGCCGCCCGGUGCUUUGGUCGCUGGCCAUGACUCAAACGGCGAUGCCAUCUAUGUGGGUCGUGUAUUUCGCAAUGGUGAUCUAAUGCCAGCUAAAGUUGUGCCCGCUAAGGGUACUGCCUACGUUGCCUACGGCCAAAAGGAACACGAACUGACCGAUGUUGCCAUCCUGGUGGGCGGUGGCUAUCAAUGGAUACCUGCCUCGCAUGGCAAUGUUCAUCCCGAUGCCGUCUCUUCGGGCACCAAUGUGGAUGGCGAGAAGCUUUUCGUGGGUCGUGCCAAUUAUUGUGAUAGCAUCACAGUUGGCAAAAUUCAUCCAUCCCAUGGUGGCAUCUACAUUCCCUUCGGAGGAGAGGAGGUAAAGCUCGAGCACUACGAGGUCCUGGUGCGCGUUUAGAAACCAAUUUUAAUAUAUUUUAUUUUCCUUUUUUUUUGUAUUUUCUGUUGCUGUGCUCUCUCUCUAUAAUUUAAUAAAUUGUUUGCUCUUUUUGUAUGUCACGCUUUA